AUGGACGAGAUCAUGGGUAGGUACAGAGGAUCGCCAUCUUAUGGCCCUGCACGCAAGAAGAGGUCCUCUUCAAGCGCUCCAGCGCGAAAAAAGCGGAAGAGGCGCCGGGAGAGCAGCAGCAGCAGCAGUAGCAGCAGCAGUGACAAGUCCAGUCGAAAGAGACGAAAGAGCAGGAAAAGUCGAAAGGCAAAGACAAGGACGACGAAGGGACGAGCCUCCAAAACUCGGCGCCAGAAGCGGCGAGGGAAAAGCUCGGGGUCGCCUGAGAAAGAUCAGAGUGUGAAGCUCUUUGUUGGCCGCCUUCCACGCGAGGUCACAGAAUCUCAACUCCGAGAUCUCUUUCAGCAGUUCGGGCAGCCGGUGGAGGUCUUUAUCAUUAAUCAGCAGGCCUCCAGUUCCUUUGGCUGUGCCUUUGUGAGGCUAGCAAACUUGGAGCAGGCGAAACGGGCCAUCCAAGAGCUUCAUGAUAAACCUGCACCGACGCAGUCGCUCUUCACUCCGCUGCAGGUGACCUUUGCCAAAGGUGAGUUGCAAAGGCUACAACUUGAGGAGGGACAGUUGAACGGACGAAAGGUGGAUCUGCAGCACUUGGCGCUGAGUGCCGGUCUUCUCCCAGUGAGAGACCUUGUAGAUCUCAUCAAGGAAGGCCAGCGGUCUUCAACCAGCUUUAAGGCCAAAUGGUUGAGCUUCUGCGAGUGGUCUGCGAGCUCCGGUGUGAAGAGCACCAACCCGUCCAAGCAUCCAGCAGUGGGUUUGUCGAACUUCGUUGGAACGGUGGCUCUUGAGUUUGGUCAUGAAUCUUGGUUUUGCAGCAAGUUUGACAAGCUGCCACCUCCACCUGCUGGUGCACCAAGUGUUCCACCACCAGGUCCACCUUGGGGACUUCCACCUCUUCCACCACAUCUGGGCCCCUUUUCGCCCGUCCCGCCCGUCGGCCCCGCGGUGCCCGGCCCCCACUGGCCGGGCCCGCCGGGCGCUCCGGGCCCGCCGGGAGCGCCGUGGACGUGGCCUGGGAUGCCACCACCCAGCAAUAUCUUCCGGCCCGAUGCUGCAGCACCAAGCGGCGCGAUUUUCAGGCCAUGGGGCCCUCCGCCGGGUGUGACUGGCCCUCCAAUCUAUCAGCCGGUGGAGAGCUCUUCCGCCGACUCCGAAGAGGACGAGAGGCGGCCUCCCGGCAAGAAUGCCAAGGUUGCCAGCAGAGUACGAGCAGGUGGCAGAAAUGGCAAGCCCCAAGAGGGACCCACAGAUGUUGAUGCUGUCUCCGAAGAUGAGGACACUGACAUCGAGGCUGUGACAAUCUGA